CCCUGUUUUGUUUCCAUGGCGACAGGAGGCGCGGGGCCGGCUCCAAACAUAACGCGCUGUGGAAAACAUGCGGCUCGGGGGACCCCCCCCCCCCGCAGCCCCCGCUCGGGGCCGAGCCCUGAGGGGGCCGGAAGCAGCCCAGACCUCUUGCAGAUCUGUGAGGGCACCUAGAGCCUGCCCAGGAGCCCAAAGCCCCCUUCUGGGCCCGAGCCUUCAGAAGCUCGGGGCUCCCCUCGGCCAAGGCUCCGGGACUCUCUUAGGCGCGCCGGGAUGAAAGCCCUCCCCCCCUUCGCGAGCCGCCUGUGGAUCGGGCCGCGGCCGCCCUCCCCCGAAGCCUUCGGCUCCGCCCCACGCCGUCAGGCCGCCUUUUGGGCCGGGAUAAGCCUCGCCUUCCCAAGGGCCUCCCCCCAGUCCCCACUGUGACCAGCCAUAGGGGCGGGGGGCGGAUCCGCGCGGAGGAGGGCUGAAGCGCAGGGGGAGGUGCUUCCGGGACAAAGGGCGGGCAAGAUGGCGGCGCCCAUGGAGCUGUUCUGCUGGUCAGGGGGCUGGGGGCUGCCGUCCGUGGACCUGGACAGUCUGGCCGUGCUGACCUAUGCCAGAUUUACUGGUGCCCCACUCAAGGUGCACAAGAUCACCAACCCCUGGCGGAGCCCUUCAGGAACUCUGCCUGCCCUUCGGACCAGUCAUGGAGAAGUCAUCUCGGUACCACACAAGAUCAUCACCCACCUUCGAAAAGAGAAAUACAAUGCCGAUUAUGAUCUGUCAGCCCGGCAAGGGGCAGACACCUUGGCCUUCAUGUCGCUGCUGGAGGAGAAGCUGCUCCCGGUGCUGAUACAUACUUUUUGGGUAGAUGCCAAGAACUAUGUGGAAGUGACUCGGAAGUGGUACGCAGAGGCCAUGCCCUUUCCCCUCAACUUCUUCCUGCCCGGCCGCAUGCAGCGGCAGUACAUGGAGCGGCUGCAGCUCUUGUGUGGGGAGCACAGGCCUGAGGAGGAGGAAGAGCUGGAGAAGGAGCUCUACCAGGAGGCUCGGGAAUGCCUGACCCUUCUCUCUCAGCGCCUGGGCGCUCAGAAAUUCUUCUUUGGAGAUGCCCCCGCCUCCCUGGACGCCUUUGUCUUCAGCUACUUGGCCCUGCUGCAGCAGGCGAAGCUGCCCAGUGGGAAGCUGCAGGCCCACCUCCGGGGGCUGCACAACCUCUGUGCCUACUGCACCCAUAUCCUCAGCCUCUACUUCCCCUGGGAGGGAGCUGAGGUGCCACGUCCACGCCAGACACCAGUGAGCUCAGAGACUGAGGAGGAGCCAUACCGGCGCCGGAACCAGAUCCUAUCCGUGUUGGCGGGGCUGGCAGCCAUGGCGGGCUACGCCUUGCUCAGUGGCAUUGUCUCCAUUCAGCGGGCACCUCCUGCCCGGGCCCCAGGCACACGGGUCCUGGGCAUGGCUGAGGAGGAUGAAGAAGAAUGACGUAUAUGCUCCCAGGACUGAUUUUUUUACUGUCAUGCAUUCCAGGGGCCCCUCUGUUUCCCUGUUGUUGGUAUGGCUGGAAAUGUGGUGCCACCCCCAGAAUAAACCUGCUCACACUGA